AGGUAUUUCUCCGACGCGUAGUUUACUUCAAAAUAGGAGGCGAUCAUAAGUAUAAAUUGCUGGAAUUCGUUUGGCUUCUUCAUUCGAGUUCAUCUUUCCUCUCUCUUCCAUUCUUCGACCAGAGCAAAGCUGCCACCGGUUCCCGAGGCAUUGCAAGAGGUUUCUUUGGAGUUUGAAGAUGUUGAUCGAGAACUUAACCAGACUCCUCGUGAUCUUGUUUGGAUAUGCUUACCCUGCUUUUGAUUGCUUCAAUAUGCUAGAGCAACAUCCAGGCCACACCAGGCAGCUUCAAUUCUGGUGCAAGUACUGGAUCAUUGUGGCGAUACUGACUGUGAUCGAGAUGCUUGGAGAUUUUCUUCUUCCAAUGUUUCCAAUGUACAACCAAACCAAACUCGCAUUCUUGGUCUAUUUAUGGCAUCCGAAAACAGAGGGAGCUGAUGCUGUGUAUGAUACAUUCAUGCGGCCAUUGUUGAUGCAGUAUGAGCCUGAUAUUGAAGAGAGGUUCAGAAACCUGAGGCUCAAAUUUGGACGGGUACUCAUCUACUAUCUCAAGAACUUCACUGAGAAAGGGCCGAUUUUGUUUAUGGAAGUUCUUCGCUAUGUCGUUUCUAAGGCAUCAAGCAGCACUGAGGCAAAUAAAAGUGUAUCGUCAAGGAGCCGUUGGUCAUUCACUAACAAAACAGAGGAGACAUCUACCAAGAAGAAGAGAGAGGAGAACAUAUCCAUCAAGAAGAAGAAAGAGGAGAACAUAUCCAUGAAGAAGAAAGAGGAGAACAUAUCCAUGAAGAAGAAAGAGGAGACAAUCCCGAAGAGUCAGGAGAAACAAGGAUUGGAGAGACUAGAGGAGAUUGCUGAGAUCCUACUUGCCACUAGCAAUGAAAAGCAUCGCCGAACAUAAGAUGUACAUAAAAAAUAUAGAUCAUGUGUUUGUAUAGAUGAUGGCUUGCACUACUACGGCAUCAGGCAUUCCUUUUAUUUAUUUAUUAUUAUUGUUUCCCAAUUGCUCUCCAAAAAAUUUGAGUUUACUUGUACAUUUGAGCAAUCGAGUUGAGACUACACACGUCUUCAAUGUAACUUUCCAAGCAACUAAAGCUAAGGAUCCAAUCUCAUGGAUCAACUAAGUUAUGUAA